AUGGACGGCUUCCUCGACUGGGUCUGCCCCCAGGCGGAAAAGAUGUUGGAUUUUCUCAUCGACAUGUUCGGCAUCAUUUUUGGUCCGAUCAUGUAUGGAUUACUUUGGAUGACCAGUUUUUCUUCGAUUGGUUUCGCCAUUUGGAUCAUAGUUGGCUCCCUCAUUCUCGGUGCCCGCAAGCUGUUCCAGGAUGCGACACGAAGCCUCAAGGAUCAGUGGCGUGCCUUAUCAGACAACGACCCCAAUAAGCCCAGGAUUCCUGUUUGGUAUCGCCGUCCCAGUUAUGCGGUGUGCGACCCCAUUACCGACUCAUCGAACCCGUCCAAGGAUGGUAAGAAGAAGAAAUCGGACAAGAAGAAGUUGAGCCUUAGAAUCUCUCAGACGAAGGCCAAGAAGAUUGCGACACGGUUAAGAAGGAAGACAUCCAGACUUGAAUACAGGCACCGACAGGAACAUAAGACAAAUCCCUGGCCCACACGCAAGCAUCAGAAGACUGUAGAGCUGAACAGCAAAAUCGAGAAGCUCAAGAGUUGCAACCUUGAACUCAGUGCCUAUUUACGGACUGUGGAGGCGAGCCGCGCUGAACUGUUGCAACGUCAGACAACCUGGAUUUACCCAUACGACAAGGACUUGGAGAUCCCCGGCCGAAUUCCAACCAUAUGUGCGAGACUGCCAGUACCCGAAUUCCGCAUCUCAGACGUUGUUGGCCGCCGAAAGGCCAAGCCAGCUGCCCCUUUCAAUAUCACGUUUUACAGCAUGCCUGAGACUAUCGUUCGAUCCAAGGCCUCUGCUCCUGCCGCCCGGUCUCUGUCUAGAGUCAACAAUAAGACUAUCGAACAGACCGCCAACCAGCCCGUCACGACCCCCGCUGUCAUCCCGUCGCCACCCAUCACGAUUCCCACCGUCAAUACCCUUGGCCAAAUUCCUAAGCACACCGAGAGCCCUGUUACGAGAGUUCUCGGGCUCCCUCAACCCCUAGCCAACUCGGUGCCAUUGCCCAAGUCUCCCCCGCAGCCGCUCGCGCAGUCUCCUUCAACCCCGCCCUCGCUUAUACACCCAAGCUCACAGAUUGUUACCCCAGCUUUCCCCGCGGUAUCCAAGAACAACAACGGGGAAGUGAGCCAAGAGGACAGGCCUGCCAAGGAAUCUAAAAAGGAAGCUUCAGACUACAAUACCAGCUCUAAAAGUAACAAUGACGAGAACAACAACACUGCGCUUCCAUCGAUAUCAGAACCAGAUGAAGACGCCGGCAAGAGUAAAGAUGAAAACCUUACACUGCUUCCGGAUUCAGAUGAAAACGAUGUCGAGGGAAGAGACGAUAACUUCCCGCCUCUUCCAGAUUCGGACACUGGGUCGGAUGGAGAGGACGAUGAUGAGGACCGCAACGACAGACCAGACAACGCAGGCAGUGUAAUUCCCUCUGUGAUUCAGCAGCUUGUGGAGACGUUUUCCGAUCCUGCACCUGCUCAAGAAUCCCCCUUUACGUCUUCCUCCGCCCCUGCUAUCAUCAAACCCAAUGUCCAGGAACCAUCUAUCACUCCCCUGGGUACCCAGAUGGAAGUUGAUAUCCACAAUGAGAAUGUGACCGAAGAGGAACACACUAAGCUAGAUGCGAUGGAUGUUGACGUCCAGGACGAAAAAAGUGGCAAGGAAUGUGGCGCUGCUAAAGACGAGAUGGAAGUUGACAUCGAGCACGAGAAGACUAAGGAUGACACUGGAAAAGACAAGAUGGAAGUCGAUAUCGAGAACGAGACUGGCGCUACGACAGACGAGAUGCAGCUGGAUGAUAUGGAUUUAAUCCGGGGUCUAAAGGACGUCGACAUGGUAAACGCGUCGCAGAAGAUCCAAAAACCGACGGGCGAUAUCGAGAUGAGAGACGGGCCAACAACCCCUUCCAUUGCGCCUAAUCCCAAUGUCUUUGCCGAACAGAACGCUCGGCAUACAAUCGCUGAGCAACCUUCGACUCCGCUGCCAAACAAACACUGCUCACACCAAGGAAUGCAGCGUCCACAGGUAUCCAACGUCCGUGGCGAAACCAUGUCUGACAAGGCACCUCCCCCGGCCCCUGAAUCUAAGAACCAGAGGCCAGUCAUUGUCAUUCGGCAUAACGAGUCGCGCCGCCAGAGAGCUCUCGAGGCGAAGCGACGUUGGCUAUUGGCACAAGAGCAGGAAGCCGCCGACGCCCCUGAGCCCGCCAUGGAGCAGUUUAGGAACAGACCGCCGCCCAUGGUAUCAUCGCAGGGUGUCUCCGCCAGAGAUAACCGUCUACUGUUGUCCGGAACGCCCGAGUUGAGGCGAGAAUUACUUCACAGGCUCCAGGCCCUGUGGCCCCUCCUGCCGAAGGCCGAGGUCGAUCGGUCACUCGCAGAAUGGCGCAAGCUCCUGAACCCGGCAGGCAAACAUGCGCUUCCGGACAAUACUUACAUCCCCAGGGACGCGUUCGAGCGGGAAGCGGCCGAGUGGAUGAAGAAGGUUCUCGAAUUGAUGACCAAAUUGAAAGUCGUUCCAGAAGUGGGAUCCCUUCUGGAGACUUGGAGGGAAUGCAUGGCCCGUCAAGAGCCACUUCCCGAACCUGAAGAUAACUAG